CUUUAGUCGCCUACCCACCAGCUUGAAACAUAUUUGGACGUUUGCUAUGAUGUGGAUAUCAGGACAAGAAAAUUAUUCAAACAUGGUGUGUUUGGUCGUUGUUAUGUUGGUGUGUUCAGCUUUGGCUCAGAGAGGUGCUACUAAAGAGAGACAAACCGGCAGGUUGCUUGUGGUGCCGAUGGAUGGUAGUCAUUGGACAGGGUUGAAGGCGGUGGCAGAGGAAAUGGGUCGCAGAGGCCACUCUGUGCUGGUGCUGAUACCAGAAGUCAGCUUGCUUUUGGACUCUGGGAAACAUUACAGCACCAAAAAGUUUGCUGUGCCCUAUAAGAAGGAUCUAAUCAACAAAAUAACAGCAGGCAUCACCCAUCAACUGAGUGGCACUAAUGAAGGUCUGAUUGAGAGAGUCUCAGAUCUCCUAAACCACAUCAUGACCAUAAUGAACUUUAUGCUUUCUACCUCUGAAAGUAUAUUUUUUAACGAGGAGCUGAUGGAGUUCCUAAGGAAAGAGGAGUUCGAUGCAGUACUGACAGACCCAGUAAUGCCCACUGGCGCAAUCCUUGCCUUCAAUCUGUCUCUACCCGCGGUCUACAUGCUUCGUGGGAUGCCAUGCGGGAUGGAGGCUAAAGCAACAGGCUGUCCCGACCCCCCAUCCUACGUCCCCCGCUUUUAUACCAAACACACCGACCGCAUGUGCUUCAGCGAGCGGGUUGUGAACACGUUAGUGUAUUUUUUUGAGCCAGUCAUGUGUAAGCUGUUUUGCUGGCAGUUCGAGGACGUGGCGUCGCGGUUCAUGCAGCGCAGUGUGAACCUGAUGGAGAUCCUGAACACGGCUGCGGUUUGGUUACUGAGGUCUGACUUCACCAUGGAGUUCCCCAAACCGCUGGCACCCAACAUGGUGUUAAUCGGGGGAUUGAACUGUGCUGUCAGCAGCCCUCUGGAGCCUGACUUUUUAAAGUUUGUAGAAGAAGCAGAACAUGGAAUUAUUGUUUUCUCACUCGGCACUUUCGUGCCCAAGAUACCCGAGGAGAAAGCUGCUAUUUUCUUCCAGGCAUUUAGCAGAAUUCCUCAGAGGGUUCUGUGGCGAUACACAGGUAAAUAUUCAGAAAAAGUUCCUGAUAAUGUAAAGCUGAUGAACUGGAUUCCACAAAAUGAUCUGCUUGGUCACCCUAAUACACGGGCAUUCAUCACUCACGGUGGCACACACGGCAUCUACGAGGGAAUCUGCCACGGCGUUCCGAUGCUUAUGAUGCCACUCUUUGGCGAUCAGGGUGAUAACGUUCACCGAACGGUCUCUCGUGGAGUGGGCGUGGCCUUGAACUUUUACAAUAUCACAGUUGACGUGCUGUUAGAUGCCCUUCAUGACGUCAUCAAUAACAGCAGUUACAAAGAAAGAAUGAUGAAACUAUCAGCUCUUCAUAACGAUCGUCCAGUACAGCCGCUGGAUCUCGCAGUCUACUGGACAGAAUACGUAAUGAGGCAUAAAAGUACAGACCAUCUACGAUUGGCUGGGCAUGAUCUUUAUUGGUUCCAGUAUCACAGUCUGGAUGUUCUCGCAUUCCUGCUGGUUGUCGUGGUGAUUGUUAUAACAGUGAUGAUUAAAUGUUGUGCAGCAAGUUUGAGAUGCUGCAGGAAACUACAGAAGAGAAAACAGGAGUGAAUUUGAACUAAACACUUGACUGUAAUUAUAAAUAGUGUGAUUUAAAGAACACUGUGUCUGAUGUCUCACGAUAAUCAUUAGUGUUUAAUGUGCAUUUUAUAUCAUGUGAUUUGCUUUUUACAAUACUAAUUCAUCUUAUUUCAGUCCUGUCCUUUCAUUAUGUUUAUUCCCUCUGUAUGUGCACUUUUUAGGUUGCCUCUCUAAACAAGAAGGUCCACAAUGUGUUUUCUAUAUUUCUCCGCUGCUUGUGUUAGUGCCUUGACCGUACAGUAGGAGAUGCUGUUUCAGCCGUCUUCUGUCCUGUAGAUGUCGGCUAAUUGCGUCCAUUAAGUUCCUAGUACAAGAAGUUUUGGCUCACCUGUUGUAAGGGUUGCGGUGUGUCCGGCCAUAGGUUUGAGUGUGUGUGAAUAUGUGUAUGUGUGUUUGCCCUGUGAUGGACUGGCGACCUGUCCGGGGUGUUUUCUGCCUUUCGCCCAGUGAAUCAGACAAACAACGUAUAAAUAAACACAUUACUGUUUACUGAUAGACC